AUGGCUUCACUUACAGGAAGCUGUGCCUGCCACCACAUCACCUACACCACCACCCAACCUCCCCAAGACACCGUCAACUGCCACUGCACCACCUGCCGCAAGUUAUCCGGAGGCCCCUUUCAGAGCUGGACGAGCUUCCCCCUGGCUGCCAUCGUCUGGAACACGGAGCCCACCUUCCGGCGCUCCAGCGACGUCGCGAGCCGCGGCUUCUGCCCCAAAUGCGGCGCUAGCAUGGCUAUGAAAUAUGACUACGAGUCGGGACACCUGAGCGUCACAACGGGGACCAUCGACGAGACGCUUCGGUCCGAGAUCCCCAAGCCGAGUCGCCAUCUGUUUGUGCGCGAGAAGGCGGCGUGGUUCGAUCUGCCCGACGAUGAAGCCGAACGAGUAGAUGGAUUCACGCCGGAGAUGAUCGAGGGAUUGAAUAGUUUGCAGCGGAAAUCGAAUUGA